UCAACAGUACCAGUGAAACUGUACUACCGCUACAACAACUCAUUAGAAAGACGGACAAAAAUACAUCUGAAAGUAUAAGCCGAACUGAAAGAAACAUGAUUAGGACUCUUGUGUUCGCAUGCAUUAUAGGCCUACUGUUCAUUCUCGAGAUCACUGGUGCAGAUGUCGUAGAUUCAUCAGAAUGCGAUGGUUUUCUUCUUGAUUCCAACUGCUACAUAGUGAUAAUACAGGCUGAAAAUAACCUUUACGACAGCUCCAGCAGCAGUUUUAGUUUUCCUGAUUUUGACCUAAACGUCGUCAAAACUUCAUGGAAAGAUGCAAAGGACCGAUGUGAGGAUAAUGGGACGAACCUAGCCUCUAUACCUAACAAUAAUGUGCAAUAUAGUUUAGCAGCCUAUCUCAAAUUAGUGCACCCUGAGACGAGCUUGUUCAUAGGCUUGCGUCGAAAGGAGAACGAAGAUAUUUGGAGAUGGGAUGAUACAAGUAAGGCUACGCAAUAUACGAAUUGGAAUACUAAGCGAAUGCAACCGACGAUCAAAAAUGGAGCCUGCGCUGGAGUUUACAUGGACACAUAUGAUGGUUUCUGGUACGAUGCUCGGUGUACAAAUUCCAUUUUGGAAUAUAAAAACUUAAAAAGUACUGGCGCUUUGUGUCAAUAUAAAAUAAGUUCCAAAAUAACAUCAGCUCCUGGCAACAUACCUCUGCAAGGCAACGGUUCUGUAACUUCUGCUCCUGUCAACACACCUCUACAAUGCAACGGUGAGCAGUACGUGUAUAUGGCUGUGAUAAUUGCGCAAUCGAUUAUCAUUAUAGCGUUGUUGAUAACAUUACUUUUAUAUUGCAAGAAGAGAAAAUGCACUGCCACAGGAGAGAACCAGACCAAUAGAAACGAGCAUUUUCCGGCUUCGAAGAUGACUGAACGCAAUCCCGCAGCCAGUGAGGAUACCAACACAAACAUGUAUGAUAUACCACGCAACGCAAUCUCGACUGAGGACGAUUACGAAGUGUAUGACCAACCACCAAAUGCUAGUAGGCCUAGUGGUAGCCACAACAACCCGACGUAUGAUAUGACUGCUAUGGAUGAAAACAAUUACAUGCAACCAAUGCCUACACAGUCGGAGUACAUGGAACUUGACGUCAAUCAUUAAAUGAUGUAUGGACAGAACUGAUAUAGGCCUACAUGUAGUCACAAUUAUGCAAGAAGAAUCAUUUAUGUUCAUAGUAGUUCAAUGGCCUUUGUGUUCGUGCUUAUGCAGGAAUAAUGCUGAUAUGCAGAAAUAAUUCUAAUAUUAAUUAGCAAUACGCUUCAGCUAAAACUCAUGACCUAAAUGCACGGAAGACUAAGCUUUUAUAAAAACUUAGCUUUUUAUUGUAGUCGAACAUGAAAAACAACCAGGCAAUUAUGAUGUGACGUGAUGAUGAUCGCCGAAUCGGCUUUGUUUACUAUCAUCAUCGAAGGCCGGCUAGGCCGUGUACAAUACAUCAAAUUUCAGCUUCUACGUUACAUUGUAAUGUAAAAAUGUUGCAAAAUAAACUUUGAUAUACAUACUGUAAGCUAAUUUAGACUUAAAAAAUGUAUAAUUACUAAUAAUAUUAACCAUCGUACGCUGACGAGUGUUCGUGCAGUUACUAUGAGGCCUAUCCGCGGGCGUAGAGUAGGACAGUAUUAGUAGUGCUCAACAGGGACGUAUCCCGUGGGAGCCGCAGCUCCCCCCCCUCCCCUUUGUACACAGUGUUGAAAUGUUAAAGCUUAUUCUUGAGCCAAUACAAAUUCUUUCCUGGGAUCACUUAAAAUGGAUACUUCUAAACAUGUAAAUAUGCAUCAG